AUGUCCAGGCCACAUGAUGUCUGUGAUGGUGACUGUAAGAACAAUGCCACCCCCUGCUUUCAGUCUUGCCCUCCAAACAGCGAGGGCAACAUGAAAUUUGCCUGUAAGGCCAAGAAAUGGCACAAAGUCACUGAGACCUGCCACACUCUCAAUACCUACAGCAUCUUCGAGGAGGAUAAGGAAUUGUAUUCAGUUCAACCAUCUGAAUCAACCAUACGUACACACAUGUUUCAUAAGGAACUUAAAACCAUAACGGAUAUGUUGAUGGAAAAGUGUCCAAAGGAUUUGGCUUGUGUGAUCAGAGGCAUUGAGAAAUCUCCUUGGAUACCAGGGAACAUUGCCGUGGUGGUACAGCUCUUACAUAACAUCUCAACGACUCUGACCAAAGGGGUCGAUGAGGAAAAGAUGCAGAGUUACAGCGCCAUGGCUAACCACAUUCUCAACAGCAAAAGCAUAUCAAAUUGGACCUUCGUCCAAGACAGGAACAGCAGCUGUGUCUUGCUUCAGUCAAUCAAUUCCUUCGCAAGCAAGAUCUUUAUGAAGGAGCAUCUCAUCAACAUAUCACAGGUCUUUAUUCAUACCAUGGGUACCGUCGUGUCCAGGGGCAGCCUCGGGAAGAAUUUCACGUUCUCAAUGCGAAUUAACGAUACGAGUGAUAGGGUCACGGGGAAGGUCCUGCUCACCCCCGAGGAGCUUCAGAAGGUGCCUUCUGCCGUCCAGGUCAUUAGCAUUGCGUUCCCAACUCUUGGGGCCAUCCUGGAGGCCAGUCUUUUGGAAAAUAUGACCGUGAAUGGGCUCGUCCUGUCUGUCAUUUUGCCCAAGGAGCUUAAAAACAUCUCACUGAUAUUUGAAAAGAUCAGAAAAUCCGGAGAGAGGAAGUCCCAGUGCGUGGGGUGGCACUCCCUGGAGAGUAGAUGGGACCGGAGCGCCUGUAAAAUGAUUCAAGAAAACUCACGGCAAGCUCUUUGCCGUUGUCGGCGGGAUAAGUUAUUUACCUCUUUCUCCAUUCUAAUGUCUCCCAACACCUUGGAAAACCCGGUUCUGACUUAUAUCACAUACAUAGGCCUGGGCGUUUCCAUCUGCAGCUUGAUCAUCUGCCUGGCCAUUGAGGCCUUAGUCUGGAGUCAAGUGACGAAGACAGAGAUCUCCUAUUUACGUCACCUGUGCAUCGCUAACAUCGCAGCCACCUUGCUGAUGGCUGACAUGUGGUUCAUCGUGGCUUCCUUCCUCAGUGGCCCAGUGUUACACCACAGUGGAUGUGUGGCCGCAACGUUUUUCGUUCACUUCUUUUAUCUGUCUGUGUUUUUCUGGAUGCUUGCCAAGGCUCUCCUUAUCCUCUAUGGAAUUCUCAUCGUGUUCCACACCCUGCCCAAGUCGUGUCUGGUGGCCUCUCUGUUUUCCGUGGGCUAUGGGUGCCCUUUGGUCAUUGCCGUCAUCACGCUCGCUGUUACGGAGCCUGGAAAGGGCUACCUCCGGCCUGAGGCCUGCUGGCUUAACUGGGACAUGACUAAGGCUCUCCUGGCUUUUGUAGUCCCAGCUCUGGCAAUUGUCGUAGUAAACCUGAUUACAGUCACACUGGUCAUCCUCAAGACCCAGAGAGCCGCCAUCGGCAGUUCCAUGUUCCAGGAGGUCAGAGCUAUCGUGAGGAUCUGUAAGAACAUUGCCAUCCUCACGCCGCUGCUGGGGCUGACCUGGGGAUUUGGAAUAGCCACCGUCAUUGAUGGUCGCUCCCUGGCCUUCCACAUUAUCUUCUCCUUACUCAAUGCUCUACAGGUAAGUCCAGAUGCUUCAAGGCAAAGCUAG